CGUCGAGGUCAUCCAGGAAGAGAGUUGUCGAGAGUGGGAAACGUUGUGCCAACGUCAGUUGUGUGUGAGGGGUUUCUCCACAGUUUCUUUUUGUCUACGAGGUCAACGCCGGCAGCGAAACAAUAACAGGCGUCGACAAAACAAGACAAAGCUCCAGUAAAGGGCUCUGAACAUGGCUCUGAACAAGUCCAUGCAUCCUAGGAACCGGUACAAAGACCGACCACCGGACUUCGCCUACCUGGCCUCCAAGUACCCUGACUUCCUGCUGCAUGUGCACACCAGCCUCUCGGGACGACCCGUUGUGAAUUUCAAAGAGCCGGAGGCGGUCCGAGCGCUGACCUGCACCCUGCUAAAGGAAGACUUUGGUUUGACCAUCGAGAUCCCUCUGGAGCGCCUCAUACCCACUGUCCCCCUGCGCCUCAACUACAUCCACUGGGUGGAGGACCUAAUCGACGGCCAGAAGCAGCUACGCAGGGGCAUCGACAUCGGCACUGGGGCGUCGUGUAUUUACCCCUUGCUGGGAGCCACAAUGAACGGCUGGUAUUUUCUCGCCACAGAGGUGGACGACAUCUGUUUUGACUACGCAACGAAAAACGUGGAACAGAACAAUCUGUCUGACCUCAUCAAAGUUGUCAAAGUUCCCCAGAAAACUUUACUGAUGGACGCCUUGAAAGAAGAGACCGAGAUCAUAUACGACUUUUGCAUGUGCAACCCUCCGUUCUUUGCGAACCAGCUAGAAGCAAAGGGGGUCAACUCCAGGAACUCGCGGCGACCUCCUCCCAGUUCAGUGAACACAGGCGGGGUGACGGAGAUCAUGGCGGAAGGCGGGGAACUGGAGUUUGUCAAGAGGAUCAUCCACGACAGUCUGCAGCUCAAGAAACGCCUGCGGUGGUACAGCUGCAUGUUGGGGAAGAAAUGCAGCCUGGCACCUUUGAAAGAAGAGCUGAGGAAACAAAGGGUGCCUAAAGUGACGCACACAGAGUUCUGCCAGGGACGGACCAUGCGGUGGGCGCUGGCCUGGAGUUUCUACGAUGAUGUCAUUGUUCCGUCUCCGCCCAGUAAGAAACGUAAACUGGAGAAGUCGCGGAAGCCCCUGUCGUUCACACUUCCAGAGGCCGGACUGAAGGAGCUGCAGGUCAAAGCCCUAGCAAUCGGCUGCACAGGCUGCAGCCCCGUAGACAAGAUCGCUGCUCUGUUGGAGAGGACACUCACUGACUUGAGGGUGCUGCACAAGCGUAUCCCCUGCGGUGAGGGGGAGCAGAGUCUCUUUCUGACAGCUGUGGAGAACACUUGGAUCCACGGUCGACAGAAGCGCCGUGAACAGACUCGUCAGUUGCGAGAGCUUCCCAGAGCGGCGACCAGCUCUCUAACUCAUGUGGUUUCACCUGCCGCUGCCAUCACAACCCCGCCCUCCCAGAACCAACCUGCUUCCACACAAAUCAGCCGCAAGACUCAGGGUGAUCACGCUCACGAUGAAACCACGUCUCCACAGGAGCCGGCAGAACAGCAGCUGGAAGAGAAGACUGGCAGUGGCUCCUCGUCAAACGUGACGAGUACAGAUGAAAUAUGGAACAUGGCCGGAAAACAAAAAGGAGACUCAAAAGAUCUAAGCAGUGAAGAUGUGGACUUGGAGUCUACAGGCCCAGAGGAAACGCCUGCCGUGGAUGGGGAAGCGGCAUCAAAGCAACCCCCGAGCCCUGGUGCCGUCAAACGCUUCCUGUUCAAGUGUAUGCUCAACAUGAAGCUGGACGGACACGAUGUGCUGAUCGAGAUGCACUGGGUCGAGGGUCACAGCAAAGAUCUGAUGAACCAACUGUGCACUUACCUGAAAAACACGCUUUUAAAGUCUAUCGCAAAGUCCUGAAUGAUCAUUUAGAAAAUAAUUAUGAAACGUCGAGUAAAAUUUCACAAACACUAUUUGAGUUUCCUCCAGUAAAGAAUCACAAUGACAUGCCCUUUGUUCAUUUGAGAUUUUCUAGAUUUUAGUUAACCUUUUCAGGUAGUAUAUACUGUACAUUGGUAUUUUGUCCAACAUUGGAAAUAAAUGUAAGUUUUAAAUUUUUAUACUCAAGUCUAGUAUUUCUGUGAUGAUGCAGUGUCUUUAAAUGACCACAAGAGGACAGUGUUUGUGUUUCUUCUAUAUGGGAGAAAUCCCAUCUUCAUCUGUUGUGAAGAUUAAAUCCUUUAAUUGCUGCGUGAAGACAUCA